AUGGAACAAAUAAAAGUUAAUUCACCUAAGCUUUUUGUGUGCACUGCCAUAGAAAACAAAGAUGAAAUAGAAGAGAGGUACGAGAAAGCUUACAUAAAUUUUCAAUCGCUAGUAGCCGACUGUAGUGAAAAAGAAGCUCACGACGCACUUAACAAUGCAGUUUGUAAAAACCAUGAAGAUAUAUCACUUGGAAUGCUUAUGUCAAUUCUUACAGAACCUCAGAAUUCCACAAAAUGCUAUAGAGACCUAACACUUAUUACAAGAGAUGGAUUUACCUGUGUUCUUAAUAAUUUGUCAAAUUUAAUACUAGAAAGAUAUUUAAAAUUUCAGGACACGACACGAAAUCAAUUAUUGUGGCUUGUAAAGGAAAUGAUAAGAAAUUCUGUUUCUGGAGUAGAUAGUGUUUGUUGGAAUUUAAUGCGUUAUGCUUCUGGUGGAGAUAUAACACCAAAAAAUAUUUUUUUAGUGGAAUCACUGCUGGACAUUUACAUAGAUAAUAAAUCAUGGCUUGAUAAAUAUCCAGUAUUAAUAUGUAUGGUUGUGUAUACAUAUUUGAGAUUAAUAGAAGAUCAUAAUGUACCACAUUUAAUGACUCUCAGACUAAAGGAAGUCAACUUUGUUAUUUCAUUGAUAAGAGAACACUUUGAUGAAAUCCUAAGUUUGGGUAGAGAUUUGGUUCGUUUACUUCAAAAUGUUGCAAGGAUUCCUGAAUUUAAUCAACUUUGGCAAGACAUUCUUCUAAACCCUAAAACUUUAUCACCAACAUUUACAAAUGUAUUGCAGUUAUUACAAACACGAACAUCCAGGAGGUAUUUACAAUCAAGGCUUACUCCUGAUAUGGAACGUAAAUUGGUCUUUUUAACAUCACAGGUCCGAUUUGGGCACCAUAAAAAAUAUCAAGAAUGGUUUCAAAGACAAUAUCUUGCUACCCCUGAAUCUCAAUCAUUACGCAGUGAUAUGAUUCGCUUCAUUGUGGGCGUGAUUCAUCCUACUAAUGAAUUACUCUGUUCUGACAUCAUUCCAAGAUGGGCAGUCAUUGGAUGGCUUUUAACAACUUGUACAUCAAAUGUAGCAGCAUCUAAUGCUAAAUUGGCAUUAUUCUAUGAUUGGCUCUUCUAUGACCCUGAAAAAGACAAUAUAAUGAAUAUAGAGCCUGCAAUCUUGGUCAUGCAUCAUUCCAUGAGAUCACAUCCAGCUGUCACUGCAACAUUACUUGAUUUCUUAUGUCGUAUAAUACCCAAUUUUUAUCCAUCAUUUUCUGAUAAGGUACGACAAGGCAUAUUCAAUUCCUUACAGCAAAUCAUUGAAAAAAGAGUGCUUCCUAACUUACAGCCGUUGUUUGAUUCACCAAAAUUAGAUCGCGAAUUACGCACAACGGUAAGGGAUACUUUCAAAGAGUUCUGCAGUAAUGGAGAAGGGGUGUCAGGUUUGAGAGAGGAAGGUAUUGAAGACCUACCUAGAGGAGGUCCGGAUGAACCAGCCUUCUCGGAUGACGAAGAUGAAACGACACCAAUUAUUGCAGAAGAUACAGAUGACGAUGACUUGCCACUCUCCGAGGUUCGUGCUCGAGAGCGACCUGAGCUGGCCGCGGCUCUUCCAUCAGCUUUGAGGCCCUUCGCAGAAACACUUUUGGAUGAAAGAACUGCGGCUGCUGCCACAGCCCUUCUCAAUGCGUGCACACCUCCGAUGCCUACGCCAAUAGCACUUGCGGAUUUAUUUGCCGCAGUUUUACAAGAUUUACCCCCACUUAAAAUCAGUGCAAACCCCACACCAUCUGAACUUGAUUUAACUUUGAGUUCGCCAAUAUUUUCCAUGUUCGAACUGCUCCUUGCAAAUUCGAAUGACUCUAAACGCAAAUUAAUUUUAGAGACAUUUAAAGAAAUACACGCACAAAAUUCCGUUCCCAGUGUAGGCUUUUCCUUACUAUUAUAUUUAAAAAUAUGUUACGAAAAGGAUCGUCGCGCGGAACGUGAUCCUGCCAAAAAGAGAAAUGUUAAGUUUAAAAUGGACAUUUAUAAGACAUAUUGUAGUAAUUUAGAACUUAAAAUUGUUGAAUGUUUAGUUAAUGAUUUUGAGAAAUGCCAAGAAUGUGAUUCUAACAUAUUAGUAUGGUUAAUAUCGGAUGUAUAUAGGGAAUUUAAAGAUCAAGUUCAAAAUCAUAUCAAAUUAUUGCAUAUAAUCGUUUCUACAAUCGAUGCGGGGCAAUUGCAAAGACUAGUGUGUCUGACGUUACAAGGGAACUUGAUGAUGUUCAAAACUGACGAUUUUACGACAAUGCUUACAACAAGCUUAAAUUGGGAGACAUUUGAGCAAUAUUGUCUAUGGCAGUUGCUUACCGCACACGAAAUAUCCGUCGAGGAUGUACUUCCUAUAAUUCCGAAAUUAUCGUAUAGAGAGCAUGCAGAGGCCCUGACAUCUGUUUUAUUAAUGUUAAAGCAAGAAAAGCCAACGCAAGAGGUCGUCAGGCAAAUGUUCUGCCGGACGGUGGAUGAUGAAGACACUUUUGUAGUAUCCACUGUCAUGUAUUGGUGUCAGGAUUAUGAAGAAAAAGUAGCAGAUCUAUUAGCGGUACUUUUAAGCACACGAUAUCCAGGCACGAGUCCGAAUAAAAGAAAACGUCCUGGUAAACACACUAUUCCACCGAAUGCGCCGCCUUCAGCUGAAUCAGUUCUGGGUCACUUGGAGCAAAUAAGAAUAUGCUGUGUAGACCAAGACGAUAUGUCAAUUUUCAAAACUGAAUGUUUGCAGAAAGCGUUACAGCACUCGCAAUCAAAUAGCAACGAUAACUUAAAGAGACAGUAUAUGCAAUUGUUUUCUUUGGCAUGGGAAGAUGAACUACCAAUGCUAAGGCGGGCAAGGAAGAUGGCUUCCAACUCAAUGCCACUCAGCCAGAACUUACACUCAUCAAAUGAGGAUAGCGAGGAGGAAGAAAUCGUCAAACCGAAGCAAGCAAAGCGUAGAAAGAAAGCAAUAUCAGAUAGCGAUUGA